AUGGGGUGCACUACCGGACUCUUGGCAAUUCGACUUGCCAACCAACUUCUUCAGGUUCGUGAAAACACAUGUGCGUUAAUAUUAAGUACAGAGAACACUACAGACUGCAUCUACGUGGGAAAUGAUAUGUCCAAAUUCAUACCAAAUUGCACAUUUCGUGUUGGUGGAGCUGCCAUUCUACUCUCUAAUCGACCAUCAGAUAAAAAAUUCUCCAAAUACGAACUCCUUCAUGAUGUCCAUACUCACGGUGCAAGUUUAGAUCGUUCAUACAAAUCCAUUUUCCUAGAAGAAGAUGAACAAGGUUUUAUUGGUGUAUCCAUAACAAAAGAUCUCUUAGUCGCAGCAACAAAUGCUAUCGAAACCAAUAUUACCUUAUUAGGUCCUUUAAUCCUACCCUUGUCAGAGAAAUACAUUUUCUUGAAAAAUGUUAUUGCAAGACGACUUCUAAGGGUUAAAAAUAUCAGGAAGUACGUACCAAAAUUCAAUAAAUCUGUUGACCAUUUCUUACCACAUGUUGGGGGAUUGCCAGUUCUAAAUCAGUUACAAAAAAUCUUGAAGUUUGGUGAUGAGAGCAUGGAAGCUUCGAAAACUACAUUGCAAAGAUUUGGGAAUACUUCGAGUAGUUCAAUUUGGUAUGAACUAGCAUAUGGAGAAGCCAAAGGGAGGAUCAAGAAAAAUGAUCGUAUUUGGCAAAUGGCAUUUGGGUCGGGUUUCAAAUGUAGCAGUUUGAUUUGGCGUGCCACGAGGUCUGUUGAUUGCAAUGACUUGAAAAAUCCAUGGAAUGGAGAAAUAGAUAUGGUUGAUCCCAACUUGGAUAGGACUGGAACAUUCUAUAACUAUUUUGAACUGCCACAGGAAUCUUGA